CGAUGCCUCUGUUUAUGUUUGUGUAAAGAGAUGUUUGCUGCUCGAGAGUCUGCGCUUUCCUACAUAACGGGAAACUUAGUUCUCAGCCGGUGAUAUCGUUCUCUAAACACCGAAGUAACACGAAAAGUGUGACAAAUCUUUAGAGAUAAACUGUACACUUAUGUCUAAACGAUGUUUGAAUGCAUUAAAAUAUUAAUAUGAGCACUACGGUUACUUAAACACCUCAGAUUGGUCAACAUUUUCAACAGAAAUCCCUGUGAUUGGCUUGUGGCAGGGCCGUUUAAUUAACAUGGCACUAAUAGAUCACUUUAAUUUAUUUAGGCUACUUUUCUCUUUUAUUUAACAAUACACAGUAUUUGUUAUGCAGUAAUAAAUCUCUGUUAAUCCUGCAAUAAAAAUACAUUAGGCCUACUGCCAUACCCAUUAAGGUGACCAUGUGACCUAAUGGAGCCGAACACAAGGCAUUUCCCUGGAUCUGACACAACUGCCCUAAAAGAAGUUCAUCUUCACUUGUGUCAAAUGCUGCCGUAAGAUCAAGGAGAACGAGAACUGCACACUUUCCUGACUCAACAGCGAGCAAUAAAUCAUAGUUCACUUUUAAAAGUGCAGACUCUGUACUGUGUUUAGACCUGAAACCUGACUGAAAUUGAUCAUUUCAUUCAAAAAUUAGAACAGCUGAUGAUAAAUAGUCUUCUCUAAAUUUUUAGACAAAAAUAAAGACAUCUUUGAUAUCAGGUGAUAGUUACUAAGAACUACAGGAUAGGCUUUAAACAAGAUUUAUGAUGCAUAAACAUCCAGAACCUGGAGACGUUGUCGAGAGGGAAUGACAUCUAAUGGUCUCAAGUGCUGAACUAUAUCUACAAGAUCAGAAAGAGAGAGGCUCAAAAUUAGAAAAAGUUUUUGAGCGAGGAGUAAAUUCUAGAGAGUAAUCUUGCCAGUGAAAUAUUUCUCAAUCUCAAAUCACUCUUUUGGCAAAGUUAGACAGCAUUUGCAGAUCUCAUGCAGUCUCGGUGAGAAGAACAGGCAGAAAUUAGACAAAGGGAAAUGAGUAACUGCAGAAGAAGAUUAUGAAACUGCUUUAGUGAGGAGCGGUUUCCAUUAGAGCCGAAAGUGAAAGUAAAUCUGAGUAGCUCGACUCCUGAAGCGUUAUCCUGAGUUUUUGUGACCUGUUCGCACUGAGAGAGAGUUUAAAUGGCAUUGACAUCUAAAACACUUCCUGUGACCAGCAGCUCCAGUCCAGAUGAUCCAGCGACAGAAACAUUCAUCUGGAAACACUGUACUGGGAGAAAAUGGAUAUAUUAUAAUGAAUAAGCAUGAAGCUGAUGUUUGUGAGGAGAAAACUCAUGUUGGUGAAUGCAGGUGAUGAAUGUGAUUCUGAUCUAAUGUACUCCACUCCGGAACCGAUGCUUGUGGAUCGAGUCACGGAUGAAGAUGAAAGAAAACUGGAGAAACUUAAAGAAGUGCACCUCACACUUUGGAAACUCCUGAUCUCCAAUGGGAUUGAGUAGCGGAGGAACAGAACUGGACUGGAACAUUCACAGUAAUCGGUUCGACACCUUACACUGAAUGUAACUGGACUGGAAUAUAGUGGACUGGACCGAGGAGGCGCUCGAUCUCUGCUUGUGUUCAUUAUACAGGAUCAUGAAAGAAACACACCUUGAGAACAUCUGGAGGGCUGUUCUGCAAACCAAACAUUCUGAAAGAGGAUUAUUCUGCAAACCGUACACUCUGAGAGAGGGGAUGUUCUGCAAACCACACGCUCUCUGAGUGGGCUAAUCUAUGUGGUGGCGUCACGAAGGUCUGGUAUAAAUGGCUCGUGCAUUCAACAUCAGAGCUGUCACAGGAUUCCUGCACUUACUUUGAGGAAGGAGCCGAUUUAAGCAGUGGAUCAUGUCUAUCAUCAACAUGACGUGUGGAGAGAUUCAGUCCUCAGUGGGGUUUGUGUUCGUGAUUCUGCCUGUGAUUCUGAAUCAAACACUCAAUGAUCCUGACUGUGAGCAGAGCUGGUAUACUGAGGACGGGCAUCUGUUAGCAGAUCCUUCAGAUCCACACAAACUGAUGUAUCCCGUGACGUCUGUAUCAUCUGAUCGACUCGUCACUUCUGACUGUGUGGAUGAACUUCAUCAUGAGAUUCAGUGUCAUUCUAAAAGAAUCACACAUGAGACCGUGUUCAGAGUGAGGAAUGAAACUGCAGCGACUCCAAACUCAGAUGUUCUGGAUGAAGUGACUCCAUCUCUCCAGCUCUCAGAUCACUUGUGGUGGAUUUCUGUUCUUGUCAUCAUCUUUCUUCUGGCAUUUCUCUGUUUCAUGCUGCGUAAAAGGAUCUUCAGAGGGAAGCGCGGCUCACCUGUGAGCAUGAGGAUGAUCCAGGGAACAGGGAUCUGAAGGUUGGACCUGAUGAUCCUCGUUCACUGCAGGAAUCUUCAGUGUCCAGAUGAUGAUCACCAUCUGAUGCUUUGAAUCAACAUCACAGCUCAUUUUUAAUAUGUACUCCCCUUACACCGCCUUGUUUUUCCUUCACAACGAAGUACAAAGUGGAUUUCCAGACCCUUCACUGUCUCUGUUCCUCUCUGUUGAAAUGAGCUGCUGACCUCCAUACGACCUUCAAGAAGCAGCUAAAGACACUUGUUCUGCAUGCAUUUAAUGAACCCACAAGCUUAAAGCAAGGCACUUUGUUAGACAAAAACAUUCUCCUCUUCUCUAUAGGGGUGUAAAGGCUCCGGUAUACUUCAAACGAAAUCGAAGAAAGAACUGAUGUGACGUCAUUUCGAACAAGAUCAGGCCAAAACAAAGUUCGUUUUGUGUUCUUUUUGGAAGUUCGAAACAGCUUGCCAAAGCAAACUUUCAGGAAAAGUUCAUUCCAGCACCAAAACACCUUCGUACUACCAUUGGUCAGUGACGAUAACAUAACAGGAGGUGUGCGCUGAGGCUCCGCCUUCACUCGCGUGGACCACUGACUCAUUUGAUCUGUUGAGUUUGUUCAGAUAAGAUCGGGUGAAAACAUGAACAGGCUAGAUAGCUGCUUUAUAGUACAAAAUGAAGUUGUGCUUGUAAAAAAUGAGGCACUAACACUGUUUUUCAUGUUUGAUAAAGCUGCUUGAUUUUA